UCACGCACGGAAGCACGACAUGACCCAUGUUACGAUUACAACAAUUGGAGGAACCUAGGCGACCCGGAUCACCAUGGUAACAUCAACAAAACAAAUCUAGAACAUCUAGUCAUUGAGCUGCCACUCCGAGCAAAACAGUCCGCAGUAGAGUUCAACCCGUGUCCAAUCGAGGAUGUCUAAACUUGUAGUAGCACCUUGUUUUCCACUACUGAAUGUUCAGGAAAAACACCAAUCGCAAUAAAAACUAAUCAACUAUUCUGGUGUAGGAUUAAGUGAAAUUAAGAGUUCAAAAUGUCACCUCAGUGCAUGAAAUGUUGUGAUGUGAAUAAAGUUAUGCUUACGAUUCUAGUGAUUAUUUUACGAUGUGCCACUGUUAGAACGGAUUCUGACUUUUUCAACAUCAAUGAAGUAAUUCUUUACGCAACACCGGAUGGUUGCCGAAAUGGCGAAUACUUUGAUACUUUUGCCUUCAAAUGUAAAAUUUGCGACGAAGGAUUACAUCUUCAGGUGGCAAACGAUCAUUUGUCCUGUUUCUGCGAUGAUCGGUCGGUAUCAUGGCGUGAUUACGACAGCUCGGUACAGGGUCCGAUUUGUCGCAACCUGAGCGAAUUCUUCGACAAGCCGGGACCUCGAAUCGAGAUCCUAAAGUUUUGUAAAACUCGUCACGUGCGACUACUCAACUCAACGAAAACCAGUGGGAAAAUUAUCCAAGUAUAUCGUAAAACCUACCCUCCCGGCAAUGAAAGUACUGUUUGCGGUUGCACUCAACCCAAUACCGUUCCGUACGAUGACCAACUGCGCCCGCGGGAAACGGUGCCAUACUGCUUACAACAAACUUUACUGAAAGACAUUCAGAACCAGCAACCCUUCAGGUUGAACCAUCGUCACAAUGGUAACGUGUUCCGUAACAUUAAGUAUUUAAUUGUGUUUUGCCACGUGAUGCGGAGCACGCGACACUGCCACUAUUUGGCCAAUCUGUGCGUACUUGCAUUCUACAAUAUGGACACAUCGCCUGGAUCGCCGUGCAGAAUUUUCUACACCUACCAAACGCUAGACGUAGCGUCGGCAGACAACCAAAUCCCGGGAACAAUCAGUGGAAGCCUGCUGGGACCGAAAGAUGGUUCUGGAAAGGUGGCCAACCUCUGGACGAUGAGCGACACAGUUAAGCCCCAUCUGUUCUACCGCCGCGGAAAGUAUGUCAACGAAAUUUUCGACAAGUAUUUGGACUUCAGCUACGAUGUCAACGCAACCAAUACGAUAAACAACACGCUAAACUUCACCCUCGUUAGCUACGAUUUAUAUGGCCACCUGAAGAACUUCCGUGCUAUGCGCCUGACCGAUUUGAAUCUUUGCGAGCGCUACUCGGCCAGCCAAGAUUUGCGGGUUCGCUUCGCUCAAAGCUACCAUCGCCGAUGCAAGAUCAGUCUGCGAAGAAUGCUUCAGGACUUUAGCGAACCGGAGUUUAUAAACAUCUACACGGAUUACUAUGAUCAGAAGAUCCGCCUACUCAGAUCUAUUCCUGUGCUGAUACAGAAGGCUAUAUUUGCCCAUAACGACGAUCCGGAUCCAGAGAAGUGGCAACUUGUCCGAAGGUUCCUUAUGGUGGAUGCGCUGUCAGGUAUGAACGACAACUUUAAACCUCAAAUGUACGACGAGGGCACACCACAGGAAAAGUACCAUUUCGUUCGAUAUAUCAAACGAGUCGAACUGGAGUUUCGAUUGCACGCUGACCAUGAAAAGAAUCCAAACCGGGUAGCAGUGCCUUUGCUGAAACUAGAGUACGGCUUGGUCAACACUUCCCAAGAAUUGUCAAAUUCUUUCUUUGAAGAGCUGGUAGAUUUUGAAUUUAAAGUAACGUUCAAUAAAAAGUAUAGUUUUGAAUCGAUUCUAGAGAUAAUCUUGCCAAUAUUCCUGCUUCUGGCCUUUACCAUGACGCUCUUCCAAACUUUCUGCCAUAAAUUACGCCAAAAUAAGCUCUACUACGAUAUGGAAAUAUUCUUCAAUUUCAUUGUAUACCUGUGUUCCAAUGUUGCCACAGCUCUUUUAGCCGCCACGGUUAUCGUUGCGUUGCACGUAUUUGUCACCUACAAAACGCAGACCAACGUUAAAAUGCUGCUUCCGGUGGAGGUGCAGCAUGGGUUGGAGAUUUUCAUCUAUUUGGCUUUUGGUUUUAAGUUAAUCAAAUUGUUGCGAAUGUUUGUAACAAUGGCAUGUAUUGAUAUAUUCUUCAUUGAUUGGGAACGACCGAAGAUAUUUGAUGCUGGCAUAGGUAAUCAGCGAACGCAUUUGUUGGAUACCCCAUCCAUUACUUCAAGUGCUACGGCCCGCCCCACGUGUGACAGUGUCUCCGCUUGGCGCAACUAUUUCAUUGCCAACGAAUGGCAAGAGUUGGCCACGAAGCGUAAAAUAUCAAUGUUUGCCCACAUAAUCUUGCUCAUUGGCGCAUUCUUUUUCUGUGGACUCGAACAUUGGUCUUCGAAUAGCUUCCAUUUGCAUCUCUACAAACAAGGCGAAUACUUAGGAAAAGACGACAAAAUCCUCAAAAUGGCUGUUGGAAUAAUCGUUUACGUUACGGUAUACUUAGCCCAACGAAUCUACAAUGUUCUCAUCUACGAGCGAUUUGUGGAAAACGCUAUCCAGCAAUUCAUAGAUGUGGCAUCGAUUGCUAAUAUCUCCGUAUUUAUCCUGUGCAUGGAGUCCUACGGUUUCUACAUCCAUGGUCGGUCCCCGCAUGGCUUCUCCGAUACGGACAUGUGCUCAAUGAUACUGCAGUUCAAACGAGAGGAAGACAACCUCUGUGGCAACCGUGGAUUACUACCAGGAUCAGAACAGCAAACCUACUCCAUAUUAGUGCCAAAGAAUUUGCGAGCUUUCUACGAUAAAUUGAUAGCACCUCUGAGAAAUUCCUCAAACUUUGGCCCACAUCAACACCUCAACCAAACGCAUUUGGUAGGCAGCACAAAACUAAGCAAUUCUGGAGUGAUCAGCAGCCCUGGAGGACAUUACGAGUAUACUUUCGAAAAAACAAUACUCACGUACUACAAUGUAAAUAGGUUCUUUGCAGCUUUCGUGGAUCAUGCAUUGAAAGACUUGGACUACAUCAUUCAGGAGCGGAGCAUUCUGGAGAACAUUCUCAACUGUGAAUUUCAGAGUUAUGUAACUGAAAACAAAGGUGUGUUCUACAUCGAUAACGGGCACUCUUUCGAUCAGGUCCUUUUCUACGGCAACGAGUGGACUUUCUUCCAGCUAGAGCUAGCCUUAUUUCUAUCGGUUGUGCUGCUGAGUCACGACUAUCUAGUGGCGAUCGUUGUCGUCGGCAUAGUGUACAAAAUGUUCGAGAUUGUCAUGAAUUAUCUUCUGAAAAACAACCUAGCCAAAAAGACACUCAUUGAUAAGCGGUUUUUGAUCUAAGGCCGAUUUUUCUAUUCGUAUUCUAUUACUAAUAAUUUUGAACUUUUAAGCUGUACUCGAUGAUUUGAAUAAAAGACGAAGCUUAAUGAUUUUUUAACUAUCG